GACUCCAACAAAUUGGACGCGGAUACGAAACCGACCCAAUCCAGCCCUGUUGCCAAUUCUAACUACACCAUUCCUUUUCCCCCGUCUGGCUCUCUCUCUAGAUUCUCGCACUUCUCUCUGGACCUCCAAAGUCGCACUAUUUCGGUGGAUCUGAGCUUCAAUUAGGCCGAGUAAUCCGGGCAGAAUAGGACUCGAAUUGAGGCUCGGAGGAAAUUAGGGUUUCUGUUUUGUCCGCGGAAGAAAUGAGUUUGGCUCGAUCUAGGGUUUUGAAUUGGCGAAGAAAUUGAGGUAGGCGAAUUGGUGACUUUGGGAACGGAGGACUGUAAUUGAUGGUACUAGUGGAAGGGAUUGAAGGUGGGAUCGAAGGAGGAGGGAUUGGGGAAGAUGCAAGGCUAUGCAUGGGAUUGGCCGGGCUGUUGAGGAGAGGAAACGGAGUCCGCACAUGUGGACAGUCCCUACGCGUACGAUCGUAGCCGCUACAGCCGAUGGUUCUUCUUCGUCUUCAGAUAAUUCAUUCUGCAAGGAUGGUCGCAGAAUCAGUGUUGGUGACACUGCUCUUUUCAAACCACCUCAGGAUUCCCCACCUUUCAUUGGAAUAAUUCGUUGGCUGGCUGCUGGUAAAGACGAUAAAUUGAAGUUAGGUGUGAACUGGCUUUAUCGUCCUGCUGAAGUAAAGCUUGGCAAAGGCGUCCUGUUGGAAGCUGCGCCGAACGAAAUCUUCUAUUCCUUUCAUAAGGAUGAGAUUCCUGCUGCAUCGCUACUCCAUCCGUGUAAAGUUGCAUUCCUUCCUAAAGGUGUUGAGCUUCCAUCAGGGAUUUCGUCAUUUGUGUGUCGGCAGGUUUAUGACAUUACGAACAAGUGUUUAUGGUGGCUGACUGAUCAAAAUUAUAUUGAUGAACGCCAGGAAGAAGUAGAUCAGCUGUUAUAUAAAACCCAAAUUGAAAUGCACGCAACAUUGCAGUCAGGCAUUCGAUCUCCAAAGCCGAUGAGUGGUCCUACAUCAACAUCUCAGCUGAAAGCUGGCUCAGAUAGUGCUCAGAAUAGUGGUUCCUCCGUUCCAACUCAAGUAAAGGGGAAAAAAAGGGAGCGGGGUGAUCAGUCCUCUGAGCCUGUCAAACGAGAGCGUACUGCAAAAGCAGAUGAUGGGGAUUCCAACCACAGAAGAUUGGAAAGCAACUUAAAGUCUGAGACUGCCAAAAUUACAGAGAAAGGAGGGCUUAUAGACUCUGAAGGGGUUGAGAGACUUGUGCAGGUCAUGCAACCUGACAGAACUGAGAAAAUAGAUUUAGCUGGGCGGUCAAUGCUUGUUGGUGUUAUAGCAGCCACAGAUAAGUUUGAUUGCCUUAGUCGAUUUGUGCAGCUUAGGGGUCUGCCUGUAUUAGACGAAUGGCUCCAAGAAGUACAUAAAGGGAGGAUUGGUGAUGGUAGUGGCUCCAAGGAUGGUGAUAAAUCUAUCGAGGAGUUUCUCUUGGUUUUACUUCGUGCACUUGAUAAGCUCCCUAUAAAUCUUCAGGCCUUGCAAAUGUGCAACAUUGGGAAAUCUGUGAACCAUUUGCGCACUCAUAAAAACUUGGAAAUCCAGAAGAAAGCAAGGAGUUUAGUUGAUAUCUGGAAGAAGCGCGUUGAGGCUGAAAUGAACAUCAAUGAUGCAAAGUCCGGUUCAAAUCAGGCCGUCCCCUGGUCUGCCAAAGCACGCCUUUCUGAAGUUUCCCAUGGUGGGAACAGACAGACAGGAGCAUCCGCUGAUGUUGCUAUGAAGAGCUCAGUUCCACAGAGCUCUGCCUCCAAAAUUGCUCCAGCUAAGGUUGUCCCGGGGGAGAGCACUUCUCGAUGUGCAUCUGCAUCUUUAGGGUCUAUGAAAUCAGUGCCGUCACCUGCACAGUCUGGUACUAACUUCAGAGAUAGCCAACCUGAACCUGCUGUUGGAGUCGCCUCUGAUCUCCCUCUGACAACGGUGAGGGAUGAAAAAAGCAGCAGUUCCAGCCAGUCUCACAAUAGUCAAUCUUGUUCUAGUGACCAUACCAAAACUGGACUUUCAGUGAAGGAGGAUGCCAGGAGCCCUACCACUGGUUCAAUGAGUGGAAAUAAGAUAUCAGGUGGUUCUUCACGGCAUCGGAAGUCAAUACAUGGACUCCCUGGCUCCACACUUUCUGGAGUUCUAAGGGAAAGUGGUUCAAGCAGGAGUCCCUUAAACAAAAAUCCAGCCUCAGAAAGACAGUCACAAUCCGGAUUUUCAUGUGAGAAGGCACUUGAUGGACCCAUCAUGGAGGGUAACAGUCAUAAAUUGACUGUUAAGAUUCCAAAUCGAGUUCGCAGUCCUGCACAAAGUGCCAGUGGAGCAUUGUUUGAAGACCCUUCAAUGGUGAAUAGCAGAGCUUCUUCUCCUGUGCUUUCAGAGAAGCAAGACCAGUUUGAACAUAACUUGAAGGAAAAGAGUGAUGGUUAUCGAGCUAAUAAUACUUCAGAUGUGAAUACUGACUCAUGGCAAAGUAAUGAUUUCAAAGAUGCACUGACUGGUUCAGAUGGGGGUGAUGGAUUGCCUGCUGCUGUUACAGAUGAAGAGCGCUGUAAGAAUGAUGAUGAGACUAAAAAGUUGGCAGAAGCUAAAGGUGCUUUGUUAUCAUCAGGAAACGAACUUAAAGUGCGGAAUUCACAUGAGGCUUCUUUGCGCUCGAUAAACGCUUUGAUUGAAAGUUGUGUCAAGUACUCUGAAGUUAAUGUGUCUAUGUCCAUUGGAGAUGACGUUGGAAUGAACUUGCUUGCUAGUGUGGCUGCUGGAGAGAUGUCCAAGACCGAUUUGGUUUCACCCACUGAUUCUCCGCAAAGGAACACACCUGCAGUUGAGCCCUCAUGCACAGGUAGUGAUUUGAAAGUCAAGUCAUCUUCCGUAAAUGACCUCACGGCAAGCCACACAGAUGGUGCUGGUGUUGAGGAUGAGGAGCAGGUUGUAAUUUCCAGUAAUGUUGGGCUUAAAGAUGGAGGUAAUGAACCUGCCUCUUUGAUGUCCGGGGAGAAACCUGUAGCAGGGGACAGUGGGCAUUUUAAUUCUUCUAGUAUGGAGUUGCAGCUAACUGCAGAUCAAUUUUUAGAAAGCGAUGGAAAAUCAACUGAAACAACGGUAGCUGCUACGGUGGCUUCCUCCCCUGCAAGCGCAAUGGAGAAAACCGUGGAUAUUGAAGGAGGCAAGCCUCUUCAUAAUAAGAAGGCAAUUAAUGGGGUGAAUGCAAGUGCCAUUGUAGAUGCUAAAGAAAAAGAAAGUGGUUCUUUGUUGGACAAGGAUAAGGUCAGUGAUGUGGUUGCAAAUGCAGAAGUCCAGAUGGAAGCCAUUGAAGGGUCAUCAUCUUACCCAUCCCUAGAGAUUGAUGGCAAGAACAAGAAGCUUAUGAGUGAAGGGUUGAACAGUGUUGUGAAGACACAGGAAAAGCCGCUUUCUCUGAUAAUCCAUGCUGAGGCUGUGAAAGGAAUUGAUGAAGUGCUGCAUUCUUCUGGUGGUGGGAAAGAUUUGGUUCCUGAAAAGGGCAUUGAGUUGAAGACUGAAAAAAAUGAGGAAAGAGAUACAACAAUUCAUGCUAAGAAGACUGAAACAGAAAGUAACGAGCUGGAUGGUAAUGCUCCAUCAAGCCCUGAGAAUCGAAUGUAUGUUGGUUUAGGUUCAGCUGACACUAAUCAUGAUGAGAAGUAUCUUGAGAAGAAUUUGGCAUGCAAAGAAGUUCAUAGGAAACGUGGUAGACCAGCUUCUCACAAGGUGUCACCUGCAUUUCCCAUGCAAGAAACAGAUCAACGUGAGAGGUCUAGGGGGUCCAAGUUAACUGGCACAGAAGCAGAUGAUGCCAAGGAGUUUGCAUCAACCACUGCAGAUGCUUCUUGUUUAUCUGUUGCAGGGGUGUCAGAUAUGGAGGCCAAAGUGGAAUUUGAUUUGAAUGAAGGAUUUACUGUCGACGAUGGAAAGCUUGGGGAGACAAAUAACUUCACCGAAGUAGGAUGUUCAGCUGCUAUUGGUUUGGUUAGCCCAUUACCUUAUCCUGUUUCAUCGGUGUCUACUGGUAAUCCUGCUUCAAUUACGGUGACUGCUGCUGCCAAAGGCCCCUUUGUUCCACCAGUUGACCUAUUGAAGAGUAAAGGGGAACUUGGUUGGAAGGGAUCCGCAGCCACUAGUGCCUUUCGGCCAGCUGAACCUCGGAAAGUUCCUGAGAUGCCUCAGGAAACUGUAACCAUCUCUCUUCCUGAUGCUACAGCUGGUAAGAAUGGUCGCUUUCCUUUGGAUAUUGACUUGAAUGUACCUGAUGAAAGAAUACUCGAGGACUUGGCUUCUCAAGAGUCUGCUAAUGGGCUAGGCAAUUUAUCUAGCCUGACCAAUAAUCAUGAAAUGGCAAGUGCGGAGCUGAUGGGUUCUGCUCCUGCUCGAUGCUCCGAAGCACUUGAUCUUGAUUUGAACCGUGUUGAUGAUGCUUCUGAUAUGGGAAACUACCCCACAAGCAGUGGUCGUCGAAUGGAUGUCCCAACUGUGCCAGUCAAAUCAAACUCAGGUGGUUCUUUUAAUGAUGCAGUUAGUGCCUGUAGGGACUUCGAUUUAAACAAUGGGCCUGCUGUUGAUGAGAUGAAUGCUGAACCUUCACCUUUUGUUCAGCUUGCCAGGAGCAGUUUGCCGGCCCAACUGCCUGUUUCAGGCCUUCGAAUGAGCAAUGCAGAAAUGGGGAACUUCUCGCCAUGGUUUCAUUCGGGAAGCAAUUAUUCAGCAGUUGCGAUUCCGUCGAUUAUGCCUGAUAGAGGGGAGCAGCCUUUUCCCGUUAUUGCAACAGGUGGAAUGCAAAGGUGGUUGGGUCCCACUGGUAGUAGUAACCCAUUCAGUCCUGCUAUAUACAGGGGGCCAGUGUUGUCGUCCUCUCCUGCAGUGCCCUUUCCUUCCAGCCCUUUUCAGUACCCCGUCUUCCCUUUUGGAACCAGCUUUCCAUUGCCCUCAGCCACUUUUUCUGGUGGUUCAACAACAUAUGCGGAUUCAUCAUCUGGUGGGAAGGUUUGCUUUCCUGCAGUGCAUCCACAAUUUUUAGGACCUGCUGGUGCAGUUUCAUCCCAUUACCCCAGACCUUAUGUUAGUUUUCCUGAUGGUAGUAAUAACAGUAGUGGCGAGAGCAGUAGCAAAUGGGGUAGGCGUGUUUUAGACCUUAACGCGGGUCCCGGAAGCCUAGAUAUAGAAGGGAGAGAUGAGGCUUCUCUUCCACCAAGGCCACAGGCUAGUGCAGACGACCAAGCAAUGAUUUAUCCUAUGGCUGGUGGUGUUUUGAAGAGGAAGGAGCCUGAGGGUGGGUGGGAUGGGUACAAGCAAUCAUCGUGGCAGUAGAAUUGAGAAAUCACACCAUCUGAUGACUCAUGAAACCUUUCAAGUUAUUGAUUCUAUGUUUGUCACUUCUAAUGUGCAUAGUCUACUCACCAGAGAGAGAGAGAGAGAGAGAGAGAGAAUCUCUGUAACGUUUCUUGGAUUGUGCAGGGUAAGAAAGAUGGGAAAAGGUUUUGGCAAAGAGUAACUUCCAAUUGACGAGAAAUUUUUUAGUGUUUUCUCCUUGUAUCCCAACUCUUUCCAUUCCUUCUCAUCUAAAUAAGAGGUAAUAUGUUGCAUAUUACAUUUGAUA